GCCGCCACCACCAUCGCCUCAACCACAUUAUCCCCCCCAGCCUCCGAAGAAAACCUCGAAGACCAACUCACCCGCCUCUGGCGCCUAAUCCUGACCCUCGCGCACCAAACCCCCAUGCACCAGGCCAAACUCGUGGACCUCCUCACCGCUCUAUCCCAGCUCCCAGACGCCACCGCCCUCCGAAAGAACGAAGCCGAAGAGAAACCGCUAAUGAUCCACGACAUGCAAGUCUGGCAAGACCUCCCAAUGCUGGGCUGGGAGAUCCGCCACCGGUGGAACGACUCCGUCCCAGCCCCAGGUCCAGGGGCAGAGCGCGACGCCGCGAUCGCAAGGAUCGGGAAUGUGAACCGCUUCGUCGCGCGGCUGGUCGCCACCCACGAGCCGGUCUUCCGGCCGCACGCGUGGUUCGCGCUCGUGACGCUGCGGCGGGCGCUGGAGACGCCGUGGGCGCAGAUGGCCCCGGAGGAUCCGCGGGCGGCGUGGGUGCCGGCGGCGGCGGCGUGGAUCGAAGUUCUCGGGGCGGAGAUCUACGCGUGGGAGGAGGAGUACGCGGCGGGGCCGGCGGCGGGGGCGCCAGGGCGGGGCGGGCCCCUGUGGCAGGGGAAGCAUGGGUUCUGUCGGGAGCGGUGGGGUCUUUGGAGGGAGAGGUUUGGCGAGGUGGCGAGGUUGGAUGGGGAAGAUGUGCAUGUGCGGAGUGUGGCGGGGAGAGCGGAGCGGAGGAUGAAGGUGAUAGAAUCGGGC